ACAUUGUCUGUCUUGACUGCCUUCACUAAUCCAAGUGUCAGUGUAGAGACAAACACAACGGAAGGUCGCGACGUCUCUGUCAACUCCAGGAGACAGCAGGGUCUGCGAACGGCAGUCGUGAGGAGCGAGGCCGAGCUUUUAUUGGCACCCAGGAGACAUUUCUAAAAAAAAUAAAAAUAAAAAAAAUCCCGAGUUAGCUUUUAUUUUAUUCCUACGAAAGGCGGCAAGUGACUUUGUGGGACACACAGGUGAAAGGGUUUGUGUGGAGUAUUAAAGCAACUGAGACGGUCAGUUUCCUAAGUCGCUCUGCUCACCUUAACAUGGCUUCAACGACCUGCACCAGGUUUACCGAUGAGUACCAGCUGUACGAGGAGCUUGGAAAGGGUGCUUUCUCUGUGGUGAGAAGAUGCAUGAAGAUUUCCACAGGACAGGAAUACGCUGCCAAAAUAAUCAAUACGAAGAAGUUGUCUGCCAGGGAUCACCAGAAGUUGGAGCGAGAGGCCAGGAUUUGCCGCCUGCUCAAGCAUCCCAACAUUGUGCGGCUCCAUGACAGCAUAUCAGAGGAAGGAUUUCACUAUUUGGUCUUUGACUUAGUUACCGGUGGUGAGCUGUUUGAGGAUAUUGUUGCCAGAGAGUACUAUAGCGAAGCUGAUGCCAGUCAUUGCAUUCAGCAGAUCCUAGAGGCUGUGCUCCACUGCCACCAGAUGGGUGUGGUCCACCGCGAUCUCAAGCCAGAGAAUUUGCUCCUUGCCAGCAAGUUGAAAGGUGCAGCAGUUAAACUGGCAGAUUUUGGCCUAGCCAUUGAAGUGCAGGGAGACCAGCAGGCGUGGUUUGGUUUUGCUGGGACACCUGGGUACCUGUCUCCAGAGGUGCUGAGGAAAGAUCCCUAUGGCAAGCCGGUGGACAUGUGGGCCUGUGGUGUUAUCCUUUACAUUCUCCUGGUGGGAUACCCUCCAUUCUGGGAUGAAGACCAGCACAGACUAUACCAGCAGAUUAAAGCUGGAGCUUAUGAUUUCCCUUCUCCAGAAUGGGACACAGUGACUCCAGAGGCAAAAGACCUGAUCAACAAGAUGCUGACCAUUAAUCCAGCCAAGAGAGUCACUGCCACAGACGCACUCAAACACCCCUGGAUCUGCCAACGGUCCACUGUGGCUUCCAUGAUGCACAGACAAGAGACUGUGGAGUGCCUGAAGAAAUUCAAUGCUAGGAGGAAACUCAAGGGUGCUAUCCUGACUACUAUGCUCGCCACACGCAACUUCUCAGCGACUGUUUGGACAGUAAUCCUUGUCACUUCUGCCCUGUCCCGUCUGUCUACCUAUCUGUCCACUCUGUCCCUCCAGAUCAACAACAAGGCCAAUGUGGUCACCAGCCCCAAAGAGCCUGUCCCCACUCCUUCUCUGGAGCCUCAAACCACUGUUAUCCACAACCCAGCCGAUGGAAACAAGGAGUCCAGUGAGAGUGCCAACACUACUAUCGAGGAUGAGGACGUGAGAGCUCGUAAGCAGGAGAUCAUUAAAGUCACUGAGCAGCUGAUUGAAUCCAUCAACAAUGGAGACUUUGAGGCCUACACGAAGAUAUGUGAUCCUGGCCUCACAUCCUUUGAGCCUGAGGCCUUGGGCAACUUGGUUGAAGGGACCGACUUCCACCGCUUCUACUUUGAGAAUGCUCUGUCUAAGGGGAAGCAACCCAUCCACACCAUCCUUCUAAAUCCCCACGUCCACCUGAUCGGGGAGGAGGCCGCCUGUAUCGCUUACAUUCGCCUCACCCAGUACAUUGACAGCAACGGCAUGCCUCGUACCAUGCAGUCAGAGGAGACCCGCAUCUGGCACCGCCGCGACAGCAAGUGGCAGAACAUCCACUUCCACCGCUCUGGCUCACCCACUGUGCCCACCAACUGAGAGAAUGAUCUUUGACUACAACCCCUCCAGCCUACGGCAGUCAGCCGACUGCAUCCUGCCUAACAAGUGUCCAUCAGAUCCUUCAGCCAAUCCCUACCCAUGAUAGCUAGGCUCCACCCUCUCAGUGUGUUGUUUACAUAUUGUCGCUGCUGGACUGAAGAUUAUUGUACAUGUUGGGGGUAAAAGGAGGGAGAAAAGAUCUGUCUUUUUUAGUGAGAGUGUGGUGUUCAUUAUGGAAUAUUCCUGUCCACAGCAUGUUUUAUUACUCAGAGGAUUUUCAGUAGAAGUGGUUUUCAGAGGAGCCAGAUGAUUCAUUUUUAAUGGGCUGGUGAAAUAUGUGAAACUUCCAGUUAUCAUGUAGUGAGAGUUUUCAUUUGAAUAUUGCACAUACUGCCAACUCAUGAGUUGUAGUGAUGUUUUCGCCUUCUGGCACAAUGACCAAUAUAUGACAUAUCUGCUUUUUAAUGUAUCUUUUCACACUUGCCAUCGAUUAAAGCUCCAACACAAGCUUGCUUUGUUUUGGUGAUGUAUAGGUUUUAGUAAUUGAUGUAAAUCGCUCUCUUGCUUAAUCUUUAGCAGUAUCCAUAUGAACUGAGUUGGCUAAUUUUACAAAUCUGUUUUGUGGUUGGCCGUUAGCACAAAAUACGUUUACUAGAAAUAUAACUACAUGUUUAAAAGGGAAAAUCAUUUAAAACAUGUUUUAUUUUGUCUGUUUGGACCUCCAUCAUCAAAGCGCAGCAUGUGAUGGAGUGUAAACUGUAGAGAUGCAUAUAGGCUGUUCUGACGCUUUCCAGUUAAACCAUAUUUUCAUAAGGAGCUAAUUAUGUGAAUUUUGCCAGUUUUGUUUACUUUUUAUAUUGUGAUAUUGACGCAUAUCUAUAAACUCCUCAUUGCUUUCUUUUAAAACCUGAUUGGCGAUCUUCCUUUAUUCCUUGUUCCGUUAUGCUACCUUUAUUCUGUGUUUGAGUGGAAGCCAGUGUCGUAGAGCACCACGUUAUAGACUGGACAAGGCUUGAGAUGAAUCAUGUUCACACUGAUGCCAAAUUUAGCCAAAAUGUUUGGUUCUCUAAGUUUACUAUGAAUUAUUGCAACUAUGAUUUGAAUUUCUAGCCAAAAUUACCAACCAGAAAAUCACCAUUCUUAUUAGUUAUGUUAUUGUAAUUAUGUACUUUUAGUAUCGCUCUUCAGUUAAGAUACAGAGAAUUUGUUUUUUGUUUAAUCAUAUUUGUCCUGCAAACAUCACUUUGUUUUUAUCUUUCUAAGAUGUGUCAAAAUACUCAAUGGGACCCUGGUAUAACUUCAAUGUUACCAUGAUGGGGCAAGCCUAAUGUAUGUAUAAGAAAUAUCAAAUAAAAUGUGAUUUAUGCCAAAUGA